AUGGCUUCUUCCCUCGCGCCCGCGUCGUGGGCGCUGCCGCUGCAGAUGGGCGGGGCUGGGGCGGCAGCGGCAGCGGCGGGCCCUUCCUGCCGCGCGAUGCUCGCCGUCGCGGAGCCCCGCUGGUCCGCGUCGCCGCGCCGGGCAAGGGUCCUCGUGGCGCCCCUGUGCGCGGCGCUCGACGGGCCCGGCGGCGCCAGCGGCGAGGCGGAGGCCAAGAUCGAGGAAGAGAGGAAGAAGCCGGCGCGCGGGCGACCGGUGUGGAGGCGGAUCCUGUUCGCCUCGAAGAAGACACGAAGCAUAAUCAUCCUCAACGCCCUCACGGUCAUCUAUGCAAGUGAUAUUCCGGUUUUGAAAGAGGUCGAAGCCCUGACAGAGCCUGCGGUCUUCAACAUGGUGCGGUUCGUUGUUACAGCCAUCCCCUUCGUACCAUUGGCGGUCCGUGCCUUUGGGGACCGCCGUGUACGCUAUGCAGGACUGGAGCUGGGAGUCUGGAUUAGCUUAGCUUACCUUGCUCAAGCGAUUGGAUUGCUCUCAUCUGAUGCUGGCCGAGCAUCCUUCAUCACGGCCUUCACGGUCAUAGUUGUGCCUCUAAUUGAUGGCCUUCUUGGUGCCUCGAUCCCCAAACUCACUUGGUUCGGAGCCAUCAUGUCUCUAUUCGGAAUUGGCCUGCUGGAAUGUGGCGGCUCUCCUCCCUGCGUUGGUGAUAUUUUGAACUUCUUCAGCGCCGUAUUUUUUGGGAUCCAUAUGCUUAGAACAGAACAAAUAUCAAGGAGUACGGACAAGAAGAAGUUUCUGGCUCUUCUUAGCUUCGAGGUCCUUGUGGUCGCUUUCUCCUCUGUUCUCUGGUGUAUGCUCCAAGAUGGCUAUGUUGAUACUAGUGAAUCCAGCUUUGACUCUUGGACUUUCGGUAUGCUUUGGGAUACAGCAGCUUCAUUUCCUUGGAUACCAGCAUUGUACACUGGAGUUCUUUCUACGGUGUUAUGCAUGUGGGCAGAGAUGGUAGCGAUGGGCGAUGUUUCAGCAACUGAAACUGCAAUUGUCUACGGCUUGGAGCCAGUUUGGGGAGCUGCUUUUGCUUGGUUCCUCCUUGGUGAAAGAUGGGAUAACACUGCAUGGAUUGGAGCUGCUCUUGUAUUAUGUGGCAAUUUGACUGUUCAGCUAUUUGGGUCAGCUCCUGCUAAAUCCAAGAAAGUUAAAAAACACAGCAGUAAUGCUUUAGAAACGCCAGUGAAACAACAAGAAUACUUAUCGUUAUCUCCUAUACCAGUUGAUUCCGGGAAGUUCAUAGGAAGGCAAUUAGAAAGGAGGAACAAAACAUUAUAUCCCAACUUCAAGGCAAGAAAGGAAAUCCUGCGAUGA